AUGGCGCCGUCUCCUCCCGCCGUCACCGACGGGUCUAAGACGUGGGCGCCCUCGCACCUCUUUUCCUCUUCCUCCACCUCCUCCGACGAGGAAACAGCCCCAGGAACCUGGGACAGGAUUCACACCCAUCUCCGGGCCAACGAGUUUCGUGCCGCCGUCGCCGCGGCCUUUGAACUCCCGCCCGGCGACAACUUCACGUACCACGCCACCGCAUCGGUCAACCUCGGCCAAGCGGAGGCAGCCAUCCGCGCCGGGAGUGCGAAUGGCCUGCACGCCUGGUACGUCGAGGCUGUUACUUCGACGGAUUCGGCCGAGGACAGCCAUCACGAUGGUGGUGAUGGGGACCAUGACACAGAGUCGAGGAUCCCAGGACAGCCGUCGCUCCGAAUAUCAGGCUACCCGCCGCCAGCAGACGUCCAAGCGUACAUUGCGGUCUUCGACCCGACCAAGUCGGCGGCCAACAGCCUGAAAUCGCUGGCGGCCAAUGCCAAACGGGGCUCCCUCCGCGCUACCGUGGCAGACUAUCUCCUAAGCAAACGCUACCUGGACCCCUCGAUCACGGUGCCCAAAUUCAAAGCCGUUUCUGCGAUUGCGACUCACCAGCAGCAGCAGCAGCAGGAGGAGGAGAAGAAGGAAUCAAGAUCCACCACCAACCAACAACAACAGCUACCGCCCUCCGCCCCCCGCAAGACACAGCACGAGAACCCGGCACUGGAUUUCUGGGCGUAUUCGUGCAUGGCGCUCGAGUACGCGGGGCCCAACGCGAACACGGCACGGGUCAAGACGUCGCACCACAUCCUGCCCGUGUACAUGCACCACUUCGGCUGCGUGUGCCCGUCGUGGGAGGCGCUGCAGGUGAUUGCGAAACUGGCAUCGUCGUCAUCGUCGUCAUCGUCGUCGUCGUCGUCGCCGACCACCACAAUGCCGAGAAGUGGCCGCCGUUCCGUGCUCGACAUGGGCAGCGGCAACGGGUACUGGACGCUGAUGCUGCGACGGCUGGGGCUGGACGUGGUCGCCGUGGACAGCGGGCAGUCGCGGUGGCGCACCGUGUGGAUCCCGGACACCCACGUCGCCGACGGCGUGCAGUACCUGCGCAAACGCGCCGGCUGCCCGGAGUCGCUGCUGCUGCUGGUCUACCCGAUCGUCGGCAGCGGCGGCGAAUUCACCCGCAAGGUCCUCGACGCCUACGCGGGCGACGUCAUCUGCGUGGCCGGCACCCAGAACGGCAACGGGUACACCGGCUUCCGCGACAUGAUGGUCGACGAGUACAUGGCCCGCGAGAAGCCGCGGUGGGAGAAGGUCGCGCAGGUGGCUCUGCCGAGCUUUGCGGGCAAGGAUGAUGCGCUGUUUGCGUUUCGGCGGAGGAAGGAUGGAGGAGCUUGA